AGGAAAGCUUCUUUUCUUCUUCCUUCAAAACUAAACCAAACCGAACCAAACCCUAAGGAAGAAGGAACCUCUCUCUGCAUUUUUUCUGAUCGAAAUCUUCUAACCAUGGGCACUGAAUACGAUUAUCUAUUCAAGCUUCUGUUAAUCGGAGACUCUUCUGUUGGAAAAUCAUGUCUUCUUCUAAGAUUCGCAGAUGAUUCAUAUGUUGACAGUUACAUCAGUACAAUUGGAGUUGAUUUUAAAAUUAGGACGGUGGAACAAGAUGGAAAGACUAUCAAGCUGCAAAUUUGGGAUACUGCAGGACAGGAGCGAUUCAGGACUAUAACCAGCAGUUAUUACCGAGGCGCACAUGGAAUCAUUAUUGUCUAUGAUGUUACUGAGAUGGAGAGUUUCAACAAUGUCAAGCAGUGGUUAAAUGAGAUAGACAGAUAUGCAAAUGAUAGUGUAUGCAAGCUUCUAGUUGGAAACAAAUGUGAUUUGGUUGACGAAAAGGUUGUGGAUACAGAAACUGCAAAGGCAUUUGCAGAUGAACUUGGGAUCCCUUUCCUUGAGACUAGUGCCAAAGAUGCAAUUAAUGUGGAGCAGGCUUUCUUGACCAUGGCUGCCGAGAUUAAGAAAAGAGUUGGAAACCAACCCAGUGCCAACAAGAAACCAGCAAACACUGUUCAAAUGAAGGGGCAACCAAUUCAGCAGAAGAGCAACUGCUGUGGUUAACAAUUGUUGUUGUAUUUACAAUUUCGUCGUGAAGCUAAACUCUGAUCUUUGGUAAAUAUUUGAACAUUUGGUACCUUGUUUGGAUCCAAAACAACUUAAAACUGAAUAUUGUCAACCUUAACUCUUCUAUGUAAAUACUGGAGUUUGAUAAUCUUUCAAGC